AGUGCAAAAGUGCUGCUGUGGACACAGCUUUACAGUCUGCGAACCGGGCUGCCGCAAGCAGCACAAUGCAUUAGCGCACGAUGAGCUGUCAGAGAGGAUUAUUUCAGCCACCACAGUCAGCAAAGGGGGUGGGCGCCGCUCUGCUGCACUAAACCGAGGAGAAAGGGUGGGCGGGAGAGGGAGAAGGAAAAAAAAAAAAGAGAACAGAAUCGCAUAGGUGAACGACGGAAAAGAGAAGAAAGUGUCCAUUGCAGCGGGCGGAUUUUUCCAGAGCACCAAUGUUGGAACACUCUUCUGAGCUGGCCCUGGUGCAGAGUCUGUAUGCCAACAGCAUGCGCUGCCCCCCCUCUGCGGCUGGGAUCCCUGUCAAGAAUGACGACCUGCCCAUGAGCAACGGCAACAGCAACAAGAUGAAUGGGUCACUGGAGCAUAUGGACCAGCCGGACCCAGAUGCGAUCAAGAUGUUUGUGGGACAAAUUCCACGCUCCUGGACAGAAACUGAGUUGAAAGAGCUUUUUGAACCCUUUGGAGCAGUGUACCAGAUCAACAUUCUUCGUGAUCGCGCCCAGAAUCCUCCUCAGAGCAAAGGAUGCUGUUUUGUAACUUUUUAUACAAGAAAAGCUGCACUGGAGGCCCAGAAUGCACUGCACAACAUAAAGACCUUAAGUGGGAUGCAUCACCCUAUUCAGAUGAAACCUGCUGAUAGUGAGAAAACAACUGCGGUGGAAGACAGAAAACUCUUUAUUGGAAUGGUCUCAAAGAAGUACGGCGAGAACGAGGUCAGAAUGAUGUUCUCGUCCUUUGGACAGAUCGAAGAGUGCCGAAUUCUCCGGGGGCCAGACGGUCAGAGCAGAGGCUGUGCGUUUGUCACAUUUGCUACCAGAGCAAUGGCACAGAAUGCAAUCAAAACCAUGCAUCACUCUCAAACUAUGGAGGGCUGUUCUUCCCCUUUGGUAGUGAAGUUUGCCGACACACAGAGGGAUAAGGAGCAGCGGCGCUUGCAGCAGCAGCUGGUGCAACAAAUUCAGCAGCUUAACAAUGCCUCAACAUGGGGAAACCUGGCUGGGCUGGGGACACUCACGCCACAGUAUCUGGCUUUGCUUCAACAGGCUACUUCCACCAGUAACCAAGGCAGUUUCAAUGGCAUGCAGAGGCUAGGAGCGGGUGUGAAUCCUCUUCAGCUGCAGAACUUGGCGACACUGGCUGCAGCUGCAGCUGCAGCACAGAGUUCUGCCACCCCAGCAUCAACCAGUGCACUCUCUACAAACAGUGGAGCCCUCGGGGCUCUGGCCAGCCCAGCUGGCUCAACAGCAGGGUCCAGCGCCGGUGCUGCCAUGAACACUCUGGCAUCUCUCGGUACACUACAGGGUCUAACUGGGAACUCUGUGGGCCUCAACAACCUUAAUGCUCUAACCAGCAGCGUCAGUGGUAUGGGGGCUAUAAAUGGUGGCUUGGGAGCCUCGAUGGCGAACGGGUCAGCCGCCAGCUCCAUGGAUGCUCUGACGCAGGCCUACUCAGGGAUGCAGCAGUACACAGCCUCUGCCCUGCCCUCACUUUACAGCCAGACUCUCAUACAGCAGAGCAUAGCUGGCAGUCAGAAAGAAGUAGGGCCAGAGGGCGCCAAUCUUUUCAUCUACCACCUGCCGCAGGAGUUCGGGGACCAAGACCUUCUGCAGAUGUUCAUGCCUUUUGGAAAUGUGGUCUCUGCCAAAGUCUUCAUUGACAAACAGACCAAUCUGAGCAAGUGCUUUGGGUUCGUCAGCUACGACAAUCCUGUGUCUGCACAGGCUGCCAUCCAGGCCAUGAAUGGCUUCCAGAUCGGCAUGAAGAGGUUGAAGGUUCAGCUGAAGCGCUCCAAGAACGACAGCAAACCCUACUGAUCCUCACCUGGGGCCUUCCCCCUCCCCAGCUCUAAUGCUAGCACUGCUAGGGUAAGUUCACCCUCCAGCCAAGGUCACCACAGCAGAGACUCAGUGGGGUAAUGGAAAAGAUCCCACCCCAGGAGGGACACUUGCCCUUUUCCACAUAAAAAAAAAUAAAUUAAAUAAAAAAAGAGGUGAAAAAAAGUUUGCAAUGAUCCUUCUGCAUUUUGCUGUAUUUCAUUCCUGCAGUUUUGUCAUGUACUUUGAGUCUGAGAAAAUAUUUUAAUGUAUAUGAUUAUUUAUGACUAUCACUGGAGUCAGUGUUCGCUGAAGGUACUUGUGUCUUGUAUUUAGUAGAGAGCAUCCGGUUUGCCGCUUCAUUGCCUUCAGGUCAAACGAGACAGGUUGACUCAGCAUCGGUUGUAUUUAAAGGUCUAUAGCGGCGUUGACCCCGAGCCCAGAACCUGCAUUUGGCUUUUUACGUUGUCCGUCAUUUGUUCAUCGUUAAUGUGAAAAUCUUGCAGUCUUUGGUGUGUUCAGUCUUUCAUCGCCUCACCUCUCCUCUACCCCCCCAUCCCUCGUUCUAUUAUCCAAAUUGUGUUAAGCUAGGCUGCCUCUUUCUCUGUUAACAUCCAGUCAUUCCAUCCAUCCAAGUCUCCCACAAAGGGCUGGCUUUAGAUGGAUCUCUUUGGGUGCCAAGUGUACAGUAUGUGCAUGUCAGAGUUUGCCAUAUGUCCUGGUGGUGUCACUUCCUUAAAUCUGUGUAUUGUUUUUGUGUAUCGGAAGAGGGGGGGGUUGUGUUGUCUUUACUCUGUGUGGUGACUAGUGUUACUUUUGUUUUUUUGUGCCUCAUGGCUAAACGAUUCUUGUGCCGUGCCCCUAACUUUCUCUUCUCUCUGUUCUGUCUCUCCCCUCUUCGUUUUUUUGUUCCUCUUCUUCUGUUUGUUUUUUUAGAACAAAUCUCCAUGCCUGUUUGCUCAUCAUUAGCCUAGCAUGUCUUCAUGAUGUUAAAAGCCAAGCCAACUCCCCCCCCUCCCCGGCCUCAUCAUCCCACCAUUGUCUGUGAUGUCUCUCUAAGCUCGCCUGACCAAUACCUGGCCACCCACUGACCCUGACCUUAGCUCGACCUGAUUUUUCUGCAUGUAAAUUCAUUCGUUUUCUUGUUUUGUUUUUGCUUUUUGUGAAGAAAUGUGACGGGCGCAGAGGUCAAGCAAUCAAUGUGAAAACUGCUUGGAAUUCAUUUAAGAGAGCUUUUUCUGUUCUGUUUUUUUUUUUGCAAAUGUUUUAAAAACCUGUGGGAUUUCUUAUUUUUAAUUUAGCUUUGUUAGUUUGUUUUAAUGUUUUUCUUUUUACCUCUCUCAGUAAAGUUCACUUGAAAGUUAAAUACAGGGAUUGGCACACAGCUGUGCUAUUUGGUGCCAUUAGCAAUAUGUUGGCUUCUUUAAAAAGAAAAAAGGAAAAAGAAAAAAAAAAAAGACAGACCACUUUCCAACAUUUUUUCAAAGUGACCAGGAAAAUCCCUCUCAGUGAUCUGUGUUGAUCUCUACAUUAUGUGGGCUAUGUGAAGACUUAAACCAGUAUUUCUUUUCUUUAAUUUUAUCGUCCUUCAAUUGCAAAAUUCUCCAGUGUGUUUCCUUAUUUUUUUUUCUUUUUAGACUGAUGGCACAAUAAAAGGUACAUUUCCUCUUUGAAGAGAAAUGUUUACCUACAUGAGUCAAACUUUUUUAGAACUGAUUCACAAAUAGACAAUCUGUGGUUUAAAUGCACAUUUAGAUUACCUAUAUUUUAUACCAUUGAAUCUAUAGAGGUUUAACUAACAGAACCCAGGCACAACUUUGGGUUUUUUUUGUAGACUUUAUGUUGUAACGUCAUCUGUGUUGGGGAAGGGGGCGGGGGUGUCUUCAGUGUGUGACAUUUUUAGAGAGGACUAAAACUGUUUGAUUUUCUAAAUAACAAUUUAAAACAAUCCUCUCCCGUGAAUUUUUUUUUGUUUAAAUUUUGAUCAAAUAAAAACACAAAAGAUCCCAUGUUUUUUUUUUUUGGAUGCAAAUGAUUUUCCUGUGUUAAAGAAGUAUUUAGCUUCCAUGGUACGCGUUAACUUUCUGUGAAUUUUUCUUGACUAAUUUAAAGCGUCUCGCUUUUGGGUUUGUUGCCUCAUGAUGAAAGACGAUUUACAUUGUGAAUCCUGUAGAUGCUAGAACUGUCAUUGAAGUGCUCAUGUGUCAAAUUCUGUUUUUAUUUUAUUUUUUGUGUGUGUGUGUGUGUUUGGUUUUGGGCUGUAACAAGGUUUUCUUCACGUAGAUAGAAAUGCACAUGCAGCAACACAAACACUUGCAGUGGUUGCAAUUGUGGGAGCCCCUGAAGAAGAGAUCACAACCUGUAGGUCUGCAUGUCUGUCACACAUUUGCUUUAUUUUGAAGACUUUAUUUUCCUUGAAGUGACUUCCUGCGUCAGUUGUGUACACAUCACAUUGAAAUGACUAAAUCCACCACAGUUGUGUUGGUUUACGAGUACAUUCCAUUAUUCAGCACAAAAGUUUACACGUUUUUUAUCAGGGUGGCAUUUUCUCCGCCGUGCGACACCCCUGUUAAAACUUCACCCACAACCAAGGGUUCCUAGAAACUGCUCACCUGGUGGCGCUAAAGAGUUGUAAACUCAGGGUGUAUGUGUUUUCUAGUUUUUUUGUUUGUGUGCGAAGCCAUUCUCACACAAUCACACCGAUUUUUGCAGUUUUACCACCAAAAUAAUCAUAUUUUUGUUUUGUUUUUGUGCUGUUCUCUUAAAACCCAUAGUUUGGAAAAAAAUACAAAAAAAUAAAUAAAGGUACCAAAUUUGAAACAUUACUGGAGGAAAAUGUUAGUUUUGUAAAGAGAUGUUAAGCACAAUUUGUGGGAGCGAAUCACUUUUGCGGAAUGUGGCGUGCGUGGUUUUGAUCCCGGACUUUUCAAGGUACCACAAGAUUUCUCUUUUAAUGUGGGCAUGUGCUUUUUACAGUGUUUUUUCUAUCAAAAUGCAAUACAAUAUUCAAAGUGCCAUAUAUAUAAAUAUAUACGUCUAGAAACUGCCUACACAUUCUUAUUAGGCCUUUGUUUAGAGAUUGCUGCAGUUUUUUUCUUACGUUUUUCUUUAUUUUUUGGGUCUGUUUAUGCCAAUGUCAUGAAAGCUCUUGUCAACUGCUAAUGUCCCCUUUCUCUCCCCCUACUUUGUGUUGAGUUAUUGGUAAAUGUGUAUUGUGAUGUACUCCAUUUGAACCGUUGGUUUUAAACUACUUGUAGAUAAACAAUAAACUUCCCUAUAUAUUUGAAGGUUAAA